UCGUAUAGUGGCGGGGCGUCCCAUGCACUGCCAGGUCCCUGGGAUAGAAUACACCAUGGGGAAGAGGGCAGUGCAGACCAUGCUGGAGGGGGCCACAGCCGUCGCCCUGUCCUACAGCGGGGUCCUCUACAUCGCAGAGACGGACGAGAAGAAAAUCCACCGCAUCCGACAGGUGUCGACUGAUGGGGAAAUAACCCAGCUAGCUGGAGAGCCUUCUGACUGUGACUGCAAGAACGAUGCCAACUGUGACUGCUAUCAAACAGGAGACGGCUAUGCUAAAGACGCGAGGCUGAACUGUCCUGCGUCUUUAGUGGUAUCUCCGGAUGGGACGCUGUAUGUGGCUGAUCUGGGAAACAUCCGGAUUCGAGCCAUACGCUGCAACCAACCCCCCACUGUGGCUCUGCAGGCCUGGCAUGGUGGACUCAUGAAGAGUCUGAGCUUUGAAGAGAUCAGCAGCUUCAGCAGUGUGCUCCGUCACAGGCUAAACCACACCGUGUACAACAACAUGCUUUAG